AUGCCGCUCUUCACCUUCCUCACGCGCGCACUGCCGCUGCCGCUCGCCGCCGCGCAUCCCGCCGUCGAGCACCGUGCGCAUCGCAGCUCGGCGGCCGCCAGCACGAGCUCGGGCAAAAGCAGCAGCAGCGCUGCGCUCGCCGCAUCGCUCCUGCCCGACCUCCUGUCCGCCUGUGCCGCGCUGCAUGCGCCCUUCCGCCCGUCGCCACAGCUCGCCGCGGGCCAUCUGCAGACGCUCUACAGCGCCGUCGCCGACACGCUCGCCCUCGAUGCCGUGCGCUACGAGCGCGCCGUGCUGCUGCUCCCCGACGGCGGCACGCUUAGUGUCGACGUCGCCACGGCGGCGACGCAGCGCGGCGAGCGCGAGGCGAGGGAGAGCAUCGAGACCGUCGUCAUGCUGCACGGCCUCACGGGCGGCAGCGACGAGAGCUACGUCCGCCACGUCGUGAAGCACCUCGUCACGCGUCCCGGCAAGCGCUAUCGCUGUGCCGUCGUCAACUCUCGUGGCUGUGCCAACACGCCCAUCACCUCUGCGCAAAUGUACUCGGGCAGCAAGACGUCCGACGCGCGUUGCGCGCUGCUCUUUCUGCGCUCGCGCUAUCCCGACUCGCCCAUGUUCGGCCUCGGCUUCUCGCUCGGCGCCAACAUCAUGGCCAAGCUGCUGGGCGAGGACGGCGCGGCGGCACAGCUGUGGGGCGCCCUCGUGUGCGCGCCGCCGACGGACAUGGUCGCCGGCUCGGCGUGUCUGGAGGACGGCGGCGCGCUGCGCGGCGUCUACUCGCGCAAGAUGUGCGGCAACCUCUCGCGCCUCGCGGCGCGCCACGCCGACACGCUGGCGCUGCAUGCGCCGCUGCAGGUGCCGCUGCGCACGCUGCUCGGCACGCAGAGUGAGGAGGUGAAGGCCGCAGCAAAGGCGCGCGGCAUCAAGGCCGGCUCGUUGAAGUGGGUCGACGACAUCCUGACGCGGCACGUCGGCGGACACCAGGCGCCCUACGGUCCUUUCCCUUUUGCGCACGCAGACGACUACUACGCCGAGGCCGGCGCCAUCAACCAUCUCAAGGGCGUCGCAAGACCCCUGCUCGUGCUCAACGCAGACGACGAUCCCAUCGUGGCGCCCGAGAGUGUGAGGGCGGUGAGGGAGGCGAUGGGCCUGGAUGAGCAGCAGCACGAGACGGCCGAGAAGGGCAACGGCUUCAUCGCACUCGUGACCACACCCGGAGGAGGACAUCUGGGCUGGUGGUCUGGCCUGCGUCCCACGCGCUGGCUCGCCACGCCCGUCGCGCAGUGGUUCGACGCCCUCGCCUCGCAGCUGCAGGGCGCCGCCGCACGCGAGGCGGCGCCUGCGCCGGUUCGCCCCACGCGCAGCGUCGACGUGGACGUCGAGUUCAUGCCCGUCUCUGCACUGCCGCACUUCGACAUCACCGCCGAGCAAGAGCAGGGCGCGCACACGGCGACGGAGGCGCGGAAGGAGCAGAAGGAGGAAGCGGCACGACAAGACGCGAGCCCACGGCAUGCAUGGUUGCUCACGCAUCUCAUGCCGGAAGCACCGCUGCUGCAUCCGAGCGCGAGCGCGAAGUACGAGGCGCCGCAAGAGGAGGAGCGCGAGAAGCGCGGCUGGCAGAUGUGGAAGGGCAGCAUGACGAUCGACGCCGAACGCCCGGAGGUGGGCUUCCUGGAGCUGCCGAGCGAGUCGCGCGUCGCCGGCGCAGGCUGUCUCUUCCAGGCCGGCAUCGAGGUGCCGGGCGGCGGCGAGGCGGCGGACCAGGAGGGCGUCAUGCGUGGUUUGUGAGCCGGGACUGG